UAUUAUUCGAUCUGUUACCAUUACUGGCUAGAACGAAUACUAGUAUAAAGUACUAGUGCCAUGGCCUUUUUACACUGGAGGAUGCAAAUGAUGAAACUCUCUUUGGCGAUAUUAUUGGCAGCUGUAACAACAAGAGCAGCAGCUGAUCAAGCCCUACAUGGUUGUGCAGAAAAGUGCGGUGAUAUAACAAUCCCAUAUCCAUUUGGGAUAGGCGAUGGCUGCUACCUGCGUCCAGAAUUCAACAUCACUUGUAAUGGAUCCACCACACCCACGUCAACAAACUUUGCAAACAGUACCUAUACUUUUCCCAUGGCCAUAGCUAACUUUUCCAUUUCUGAGGGUGAGUUGCAAGUCAUGCAGGCCGUAGCCCUAGAUUGUUAUGACAACAAGGGUGUAAAGAUAGCCAACAGCACAAGUACGCUGGAGCUGCCGCCUUCUUAUACCAUCUCUGCAAAAAACAAGUUCUUUCUCGUUGGCUGUAAUAAUGCAGCAAUUUAUGAAGGUCUACUUCAGUUCCCAGACCCAGAUGAAGGAAGUGGCUUCCAAGCAGUCGGGUUCACUGUGACCUUGUGUAUAAAUGCGCUUGGCAAAGAGUUGCAGGAGUCUUGUGACGGCUUUGGGUGUGCCCAAAAUUCCAUCCCUAGUGGACUCCAAAAUAUCACUGUGUCCUUGGAGGCACUUGAUUCUGAUAACCGAACAGAUUCGUGGGACUUAAAGUACCUGUGCAGCUACGCAUUCAUUGUGGACGAAGGCAAUUUCACAUUCUCCCCGGAGAGAAGUUUCCAACAACUGGCUACCACAAGGAAGCUACUUCCAGUACUUAUUAACUGGGCGAUUGGGGAUGAGCCAUGUGAAGUAGCAAAGAAGAGCCACAGUACUUAUGCAUGCAAAGAAAAUACCACCUGUGUUGACCGAAGUACCAUCGCAAAUGGUACGGUUGGUUACCUUUGCCACUGCUUGCCAGGUUACCAUGGAAAUCCGUACCUUGGUUGCAAAGAUAUCGAUGAGUGCCAGGCUUCAACUAACCCCUGCCAGAAUGGGAAGUGCAUAAACUCGCCUCCAGGAAAUUAUUCUUGUCAAUGUAACGGAGGGUACAAAAACAAAGAUCGAUCUUGCGUUGAAUAUCCCAAAGCAAAUAACACUUCCCUGAAAAUUUCAUCGGGUCUCAUUGAAGGAUUCUUGGUUUUAGUUGUUUCAAUGUCAUGGAUAUAUUGGAUAAUGAACAAAAGAAGGCUCAUCAAACUCAAAGAAAAGUAUUUUCAAGAAAAUGGCGGCUUAACAUUACAGCAACAGCUAGCCACGCAUGGAGGAGGAGUGGAGACAACAAAAAUCUUUACGGCUGAAGAGCUUAAGAAGGCAACGAACAAUUAUAAUGCAGGUGAAAUUCUUGGUGAAGGAGGCUACGGAACAGUUUACAAAGGAAUAUUGCCUGAUAAAAGAGUUGUAGCCAUCAAAAAGUCAAAACUGGGUGCCCCAACUCAAAGUGAUCAAUUUGUCAAUGAGGUGAUUAUUCUUUCUCAAAUCAACCAUAGAAACGUGGUAAAAUUAUUAGGUUGUUGUUUCGAGACCGAAGUGCCUUUACUAGUAUACGAGUACAUCACCGGUGGAACUCUUUCUGAGCAUGUAUUCAAGAAAAGACAAAGAUCUGUGCUUUCAUGGGAAUUACGACUGAAGAUAGCAUCAGAAACGGCAGGGGCACUUGCAUACUUGCACUCCUCUACUUCUACUCCAAUCAUACAUCGAGACGUGAAAUCAACGAAUAUAUUAUUGGAUGACAAUUACAUGGCCAAAGUGUCAGAUUUUGGAGCUUCACGUUUCAUUCCUAUAGAUCAAACUCAAGUAGCAACACUAGUGCAAGGGACACUUGGAUACUUGGACCCUGAAUACUGCCAGUCAAACCAACUGACUGAAAAGAGUGAUGUAUAUAGCUUUGGUGUUGUGCUAGCGGAGCUACUAACGAGGAAAGUGGCAGUUUCUUUUGCUAGGCCCGAGGAAGAGAGAAACCUAGCAAGUUUGUUUAUUUCUUCAAUGGAAAAAGAAUGCUUGAAUCAAAUUCUUGAUGCUGAAAUUCUGAAUGAGAGGAAUAUGGAGACAAUACGGCAAGUGGCGAAUCUGGCGAAAAGAUGUUUGAGGAUAAAAGGAGAGGAAAGGCCUUUGAUGAAAGAAGUAGCUAUGGAGUUGGAGGGGAUGAGAAUUGAGGCAAAACAUCCAUGGAAAUGUGGUAGUUCCUGCUCUGAUGAGGGGACUGAGUACCUGUUAGGGUCAUCCAAUUCGAAGACUAAUGUUGCGGAUACUAAAGGUGAAGGUGUUUCUAGUACUGGUACGACCAGCGGGUAUGCCAGUAUGCAAAUUCAGAUGUUAAUGUCACAUGAACAUGGGCGAUAAUUGAUCAAACUUUUGGUUUAGUUUAGUGUUAAAUAUGUAAUGCUCUGGUGCGUUAGGAUUGUGUUAUGCUUAGAAUCCUUUAAUCAUUUUCUGUUGGUUUAGCUACAAUUAAUUGUAGAGUUUUUCUUCAUGUGACACGUGUUAGUAAGAUAGUGGAUCUGGUAAUCUACCAGAUGUAUAAA